GCUAUACAUGUAUCACUAGAAAAUAAUUUAAUUGAAACGUUAAAUGCAAGCAUGUUUAUUGACAUAUCGUACGUGGAAAUAUUAAAUUUGAACCAUAAUCGUAUAAAGAUGAUUACGGUUUCAUCAUUGAUAGGUUUAAAAGCAUAUGUUUUAGAGUUAAGCCAUAACCUUAUAGAAGAUUUAGAAGACAGGUCAAUACCGGAAGUAAAAAAAAUGUACAUUAAUAACAAUAAACUAAUACUGAUACAUUCUAAAAUGUUUGUUAAUAUAUCGAAAACAUACAAACUCGAUGUGAGCUGCAAUAACAUCACCAGUUUUAACUUUGAAAACUCCGACUUCAUUUUAUUAAAUAUGAGCUACAAUCAAAUUACGUACUUAUCACAAAAUUCUUUUUCGGCGAUGAACUUGAUAAGGAAUUUAUCACUAUCAAACAAUGUGAUUACAUCAUUGGAAACAAAAUCAAUACCGAAAGUGGAAUAUCUGGAUUUGAGUUACAAUUUGCUUACAUCCAUCGAAGCAAACAUGUUCACCGAUGUGGAUCUUCUUAAGUCUCUUGAUAUAAACAACAAUUGCAUCAAAUAUAUAGAUUUGAAAUUGGCGGAAAAGUUGAUUUUUUCAAAUAGAAAAUUGAACGAAAAGUGCACACUGGAUGCUAAUCGUAUCACAGAAACAGAUACAUUUUUGUUAUCGAAAAGUGCAGUUUAUACAGUUGGCAUAAUUAUAGUCGUUGUAGUUAUUGCUGCUAUUCUAAUAAAAAUAUAUUCAAGGUGUCAAGCGCGAACAGCAGUAAGUUCCGAGCAAUCCAAGAAGAACGAGCAUCAAUUGAAGGAAUUAACGAGCGUUUCUAAAAACGGGGCACCAAUUUAUGAUGAUAUUGUUCCAAAAGGUGACAAAAAAAAUGAAUCAGCAGAAUAUUUGGAAGAAAACGACAUCUAUGAAUUUGCAAAUUAGAAGAUUUAAUAUAUUUUGUAAUAAUUUCAUUACUUAAAAGCAAUGAUGUU